AUUUAAAAGGAAGAGAAGAGAAGCAACAUGGAUAGGCAGAACCAAAAAACACACACAACACUUAGCUCUAUCCAUUCAUAAACUCAUCUUCUUCUACAUGCCCCACCAUAGCUAGCUUCCUCACUACCACCACCAUCCACAACUAUGGCUUCCGAGAAAGUCGAGACCAUUGUUGCCGGAAACUAUGUCGAAAUGGAAAGAGAAGAAGGCGAUUCCAAGUCCACAAAGAGCAAACUAUCAACUCUUUUUUGGCAUGGUGGCUCGGUCUAUGAUGCAUGGUUUAGCUGUGCUUCAAACCAGGUGGCACAAGUGCUACUCACACUGCCUUACUCAUUCUCACAACUUGGGAUGUUAUCUGGGAUUCUUUUUCAACUCUUCUAUGGUUUGAUGGGAAGUUGGACUGCUUACCUUAUUAGUGUACUUUAUGUGGAGUACAGAACUAGAAAGGAGAGAGAGAAAGUUGAUUUUAGAAACCAUGUAAUUCAGUGGUUUGAAGUCCUUGAUGGGCUACUGGGAAAACACUGGAGAAACAUUGGCCUCUUCUUCAACUGCACAUUUCUUCUAUUUGGAUCUGUAAUUCAGCUAAUUGCUUGUGCAAGUAACAUCUACUAUAUAAAUGACAAUCUUGACAAGAGAACUUGGACAUACAUCUUCGGAGCAUGUUGCGCCACAACUGUCUUCAUCCCAUCAUUCCAUAACUACAGAAUUUGGUCAUUUUUAGGCCUCAUAAUGACAUCUUAUACUGCAUGGUACCUAACCAUUGCUUCCCUCAUCCAUGGACAGGUUGAGGGAGUGAAGCACUCAGGUCCAACCAAAAUGGUCCUCUACUUUACUGGGGCUACAAACAUUCUUUACACCUUUGGUGGACAUGCUGUGACAGUGGAGAUAAUGCAUGCAAUGUGGAAGCCACAGAAGUUCAAGCUAAUAUACUUGACAGCCACUCUCUAUGUGCUAACCCUAACCCUACCAUCCGCUAGCGCGGUUUAUUGGGCCUUUGGGGAUAUGCUGCUGAACCAUUCCAAUGCCCUAUCUUUGCUCCCCAAGACUGGAUUCAGAGACACUGCUGUUGUUCUGAUGCUCAUUCAUCAGUUCAUAACAUUUGGAUUUGCAUGCACUCCUCUGUACUUUGUGUGGGAGAAAUUCAUUGGAGUGCACGAAACAAAGAGCUUGUGCAAGCGCGCUGUGGCAAGGCUUCCAGUGGUGAUUCCAAUCUGGUUCCUCGCGAUUAUCUUCCCUUUCUUCGGCCCAAUCAACUCCACUGUGGGAUCUCUUCUUGUCAGCUUCACUGUCUACAUAAUUCCCGCGUUAGCGCAUAUGGUUACUUUUGCUUCUGCAUCAGCUCGAGAGAAUGCAAUAGAUAGACCACCAUCAUUCUUGGGAGGUUGGGCUGGGAUGUACUCCAUGAACAUAUUUGUGGUAGUAUGGGUUUUGAUUGUAGGAUUCGCGUUCGGAGGAUGGGCAAGCAUGCUCAACUUCAUCAACCAGAUUGAUACAUUUGGCAUCUUCACCAAGUGCUAUCAGUGCCCUCCUCACAAAGCUUGAAAGAUUCCCUAUUAUUACAAACAAGAAAUUAAGAUAUUGAGAUACAUAUGGAAGUGUACUUGUAAACAGAUUGGCUUUUUUCAGUCUUUUCUUUUUUCUUCUUCUUCUUUUUUUUUUUUUCUUUUUUUUUUUUGUGCAAGAGCUCUUGAAAUUAAAGCUGUGUGAAUCAAUUUUCAAGAAAUGAAACUCCCUUUGUUUUUGUGGGAUUUUAAUUUA